UUCAUGUAGACGCCGGAAGAGAAGGCCGCAGCCAACGGCGAGGGUCCAAGAUGGCGGAGGUGGAGGAAGUAACCGAAGGCUGCCGUCUCCCUGUGCUGCGCCGUAACCAAGACAAUGAGGACGAGUGGCCACUGGCUGAAAUCCUUAGUGUCAAGGACAUCAGCGGCCGGAAACUUUUCUACGUACAUUAUAUUGACUUUAACAAACGGCUGGAUGAAUGGGUGACUCAUGAUCGAUUGGACCUGAAGAAGAUCCAGUUCCCAAAAAAAGAAGCCAAGACCCCCACCAAAAAUGGACUGCCAGGGUCCCGACCCAGCUCUCCAGAACGUGAUGUGAGGAAGACCUUGGAUCUGUCUCUGCAACCAGCCGCAACUCCAUCCAGCGGUAAAACCCUGCCCAUCCCGGUGCAGAUAACCCUCCGUUUUAACCUACCUAAAGAGAGGGAGGCCGUCCCCGGCUCGCCCGACCAACCCCUCUCCUCCAGCUCCUGCGUCCAGCCAAACCAUCGUUCAACGAAGCGGAAGGUGGAGGUGGUUUCUCCAGCAACUCCCAUCCCUGUUCCAACAGAGACUACACAGGCUUCCGUGUUCCCUCAGAAUGGUUCUGCCCGGCGAGCAGUGGCUGCCCAGCCAGGCAGGAAGAGGAAGUCCAACUGCCUCGGCACAGAUGAGGACUCGCAGGACAGCUCAGAUGGCAUCCCCUCAGCCCCACGCAUGACAGGCAGCUUGGUAUCUGAUCGCAGCCAUGAUGACAUCAUCACACGCAUGAAAAACAUUGAGUGCAUUGAACUCGGCCGACACCGCUUGAAGCCCUGGUACUUCUCGCCGUACCCACAAGAACUCACCACACUUCCUGUCCUCUACCUCUGCGAGUUCUGCCUUAAGUAUGUCAAGAGUCUGAAAUGUCUCCAGAGGCACCUGACAAAAUGUGAUCUGAGGCAUCCACCUGGGAAUGAAAUCUACCGCAAAGGGACCAUCUCCUUCUUUGAAAUUGAUGGGCGGAAGAACAAGAGCUAUUCUCAGAAUCUCUGCCUGCUUGCAAAAUGCUUCCUGGACCACAAGACCCUCUACUAUGACACGGACCCCUUUCUCUUCUACGUCAUGACAGAGUACGACAGCAAAGGCUUCCACAUUGUUGGCUACUUCUCCAAGGAGAAGGAAUCCACAGAGGACUACAAUGUGGCUUGUAUCCUGACUCUUCCCCCCUACCAGAGACGAGGCUAUGGCAAAUUGCUGAUUGAAUUUAGUUACGAGUUAUCUAAAGUGGAAGGAAAGACGGGCACACCAGAAAAGCCCCUCUCGGACUUGGGGCUCUUGUCUUACCGCAGCUACUGGUCCCAGACCAUUCUUGAAAUUCUCAUGAAUCUCAAGUCAGAGAACGGGGAACGUCCACAGAUCACUAUUAACGAAAUCAGUGAAAUCACAAGCAUCAAGAAGGAGGAUGUCAUCUCUACAUUGCAAUACCUCAACCUCAUCAACUACUACAAGGGCCAGUAUAUCCUAACACUAUCAGAAGACAUAGUGGAUGGACAUGAGCGUGCCAUGCUGAAGCGGAUCCUGCGAAUCGACUCAAAGUGUCUGCACUUCACCCCCAAAGACUGGAGCAAGAGGGGAAAGUGGUGAGAGCGGAGUGUGACCACUCAGAAAGAAGAGUGGCUGUUGGAAGAUCCUUCCUCACUAGGACAAGGGCAGAAUACUCACCUUCAAAGACAUUUUAUGCCAGCUUCGAACCAGUCAGUGCUGACCAGACCCACCUCCUCCAGCCUGCCUGCUUGUAUAUAGGACUCUGCGUCUCAACUUGUACAGAAACUGUGAAAGCACAGAAUGUCCCCCCCUCCCCACUCCACUCUUCCAAUAUUUACUUGGUAGAGAUUUUCUUACAAAACUCUGGUGGUUCAAGUUUGGAUCCUGUUUCAUAAGCGACAAGAUUUGAGCGUGGCUACUUUCCCAUAAUGCUCUGAUGCUGGGGGCACUGUAGUGGAGAAGCUGCUGCUUCCACCACUUUUCCAGAUGGGAUUGUGCUGCAGCUCCCGGCUAAAACUGGUCUGCUUUGGCAGAGGGCCCUAAGGUGAACUUCAAGGGCUAUUCUUGGCCCAUGACCCUUGAGGGCAGAAAGAGCCUGUUGACACCUUGUUGUGGCAGCAUUUUGUGAGUAAGUUGGGUAAAGAGCCUCCACCUUCCACUACUGCAAAUGAGGAGCAUCUACAGCAAUGGAGCAUCCUCUUGGCCGAGGAAAAGGUUCCUCUAUCAUGUCAGCCCAUUGCCUCUGUGAAUCAGAGGCGGAGAGCUAAGAGCGGGACCCCAUCCACAUCCUCUAAUCAGAAUAAAUUAAUGAAGUGUUUUAAAGACUAUGUACAGUUCCUCCUUACAUGAUUAUAGUUA